AUGCCGCACUGGACGACAUUCCUAACGUUGCCCCCCCACUUCUACGCCACCACCGACGAAGACCUCAAUGCCCUUUUCCUAGGCUUGGGAUUCAAGCAGGCCGAGCUCGCUGGCAUGCGUGCGGAAUACGACAAGCGGAUGAACGCCAUGCUUGCUCAAGGUGGGGGGAAGAUCUCUGUUAUUGGUGCCAAACCCGUUCCCGGCGAGCACAUCCAUAUCAUUCUGAUUCCGAACGACGACAAUCUCGCCAUCCGCCUGUGGGAUGGAGGCUUGGAGGACGACAGUAUCUUUCUCUUCGAUUUCAUCGAUAUGCGAACCAAGAAGGCCGUCAACUCGCCCGUGGGUUACGAGGUGCACGCCUUCCCCAACCGCUAUCACAUGCUGAACAUGCCCGGUCCGAUCAUCUCUUGGGAAGCGGCACAAAACAUCCAGCGGAAGCAUAUCAAGCCCGGGGAGGAGAGGUUCAGUGUGCCGGAGGGUACACCGUGUGCACUGCAUCGUCAUGGACAGGAAGUCUUCAUGUUUGCUGCUCCUGAGAGGCCGAGGAAACAGUCAAUCCAUGGCGUUCAGCUCGCUACUGCCAGGGAUGCGAUGUGGUGA